AUGCCCAGGUCGUCUAUGCCGUUAGGCCCAAACACCGGAAGCACCCAGCAGUGCUACCAGCGACAACCCAGGAGCUGGAUCCGGAGGAAGCCUACCGGAAACAAUCCGUCACCACCGAGCUACCCAAAACCACGUCCCCUUGCUGGUGUUACCAAAAAACCUCCACCACCGCCAACCCUCCAUCAAACAGCAGGCUCUCCUACAGCCGCCCAAAUCCAAGCCCCCAACCACCUACCGCCGCCCAACCCCAACACCAAACCCAACCGCUGCCCCACCCCAACUCCAAACCCAGCCACUGCCCAACCCACCUGCAACGCCCCACCAACCAAGCCCACCUCUGCCAGAUCCACCAAAAAUCGCAGCAGCCGCUGCUACCACCAGCACGAACGCCCAGAAGGGCAGAUCUGA